AUGUAUUGUGCGCAAUGGCUGAUUCCAGUUCUCUUGAUUCCGAAGCACUGGCUGCAUCCUCUGUUUUUGGUAGAGCAAGCAUUUUUCAUGUGGUUUUAUAUAAUUGCUUUCUUUUUGGAACGCAGGCCUUGUCAUAUAUGUUCGGCAAUAUUCUUCAUAGCUCUGGGAUUGCUUUGUUGGACAGAUCCCGAUACCUGCAUCUUCUGGCCGACAUGCGAUCGCAAGCUUAAUGGGGAAGUGUGUUCUUAUGUUUACAAAAACGAACUGGCAGGUCGAAUAUGA